AUGUCUAUUCCUCGACUAGGUAUAGGAAUUAAAACACACACACACACUUUUCUCUGUCUAUCUCUAUCUGUCUAUCUCUAUCUGUCUAUCUCUAUCUGUCUAUCUCUAUCUGUCUAUCUCUAUCUGUCUAUCUCUAUCUGUCUAUCUCUAUCUGUCUAUAUCUCUAUCUGUCUAUCUCUAUCUGUCUAUAUCUCUAUCUGUCUAUAUCUCUAUCUGUCUAUAUCUCUAUCUGUCUAUAUCUCUAUCUGUCUAUAUCUCUAUCUGUCUAUAUCUCUAUCUGUCUAUAUCUCUAUCUGUCUAUAUCUCUAUCUGUCUAUAUCUCUAUCUGUCUAUAUCUCUGUCUAUCUAUUCAUCUAUCAUAUCCCCUAUCUGUCUAUAUCUCUAUCUGUCUAUAUCUCAUCCGUGUCUAUAUCUCUAUCUGUCUGUCUAUAUCCCCAUCCUGUCUAUAUCCCCAUCUGUCUAUAUCCCCAUCUGUCUAUAUCCCCAUCUGUCCAUCCCCAUCUGUCCAUAUCCCAUCUGUCUAUAUCUCCAUCUGUCCAUAUCCCCAUCCCCAUCUGUCUAUCCCCAUCCUCCCAUCCCCAUCUCCAUCCCUAUCCCCCAUCCCCAUCUCUCUAUCCCAUCCUCAUCCCUAUCCUCCAUCUCCAUAUCCCCAUCUCUCAUCCCCAUCCCCAUCUAUAUCUCUAUCCAUCCCCAUCUAUAUCUCCCCAUCUAUCUGUCUAUCUAUCUAUCUAUCCAUCCAUCUAUCCAUCUCCAUCUCUAUCAUCUCUAUCUCCAUCUCUAUCUCUAUCCCUGUCUAUCUCUGUCUAUCUAUCUAUCUCCAUCUAUCCAUCUCUAUCUCUCUAUCUCUAUCUCUAUCUCUAUCUAUCUAUAUCUCUAUCUCUAUCUAUCUAUCUCUAUAUCUCUAUCUCUAUCUAUCUAUCUCUAUAUCUCUAUCUCUAUCUAUCUAUCUCUAUAUCUCUCUAUCUAUCUAUCUAUCUCUAUCUCUAUCUAUCUCUCAUAUAUAUAUAUAUAUAUAUAUAUAUAUAUUGA